AUGUCGACGGACUUCUUCGCCUCGAGUGCCAAGGCCACGGGCCCGGCCUUUUGCCCACACUGUGGCACUAUCCUGGACCACCCAGAUACUAAUAGUAUUGUGUGCUCUGCCUGUGAAUACCGUUGUCGCUAUCAAGAUCUACCAUCACUGACUGUAGUGACCCAGAGUGAAUGCAAGCCAAAGCCCAAGUGGUUAGACGCUAAGAAAGUCAUGAGUGAGGUCACGGGUCCGGCUCGCGCCACGGUCGAGGAGACGUGUCCCAAAUGUGGCAAUCCGGAGAUGGACUACUACACAUUGCAACUUCGAUCGGCUGAUGAAGGACAGACGGUGUUUUAUGAAUGCAAGAAGUGUGGACACAAGUCAUCGGUUAAUAAUUAA